AUGGCGGGGAUGGCGGAGGCCGUGGCGAAGGAGCGGGCGGCGGCGGCGGGCGCGGGGCGGCACGGCCACGCCGUGCCCUACCUGGGGCAGCACUUCGGGGCGCUGCGCCGGGAGUGCCUGGAGGAGGGGCGGCUCUUCCAGGACCCCUCCUUCCCCGCCGGCCCCACCGCCCUCGGCUACCGAGAGCUGGGACCCCGCUCCGCCAAGACGCAGGGCGUCGUCUGGCGCAGACCCACGGAGCUGUGUUCCAGCCCCCAGUUCAUAGCAGGUGGAGCCACCCGCACUGACAUCUGCCAAGGGGCCUUAGGGGACUGUUGGCUCUUGGCUGCCAUUGCUUCUCUCACCCUAAAUGAAGAAAUUUUGGCCCGUGUUGUUCCCAAAGACCAAAGCUUCCAGGAUAAAUAUGCAGGAAUUUUCCAUUUCCAGUUCUGGCAGUACGGGGAGUGGGUGGAUGUGGUGGUGGACGACAGGCUGCCCACCAAGAACGGGGAGCUGCUCUUCGUGCACUCGGCGGAGGGCAGCGAGUUCUGGAGCGCUCUGCUGGAGAAGGCCUAUGCCAAGCUGAAUGGAUCGUAUGAGGCUCUUUCUGGUGGCACCACCACCGAAGGUUUCGAGGACUUCACCGGUGGAAUUGCAGAAUGGUAUGAGCUGCGGACGGCACCUCCCAACCUCUUCAAAAUCAUUCAGAAGGCCCUUCAGAAAGGCUCUCUCCUUGGCUGCUCCAUUGAUAUCACCAGUGCGGCAGAGACAGAGGCAGUCACUUCCCAGAAGCUGGUGAAGGGACACGCGUACUCGGUCACCGGGGCAGAGGAGGUGAACUUCCGAGGAACAGUGCAGAAGCUGAUCAGAAUCCGAAAUCCCUGGGGGGAAGUGGAGUGGACUGGGAAAUGGAACGACAACUGCCCAAACUGGAGUGGCGUUGACCCUGAGGUGCGGGAGCGGCUGACCAGGAGACAUGAAGAUGGGGAAUUUUGGAUGGCGUUCAACGACUUCUUGAGGCAUUACUCCCGCCUGGAGAUCUGCAACCUGACUCCAGACACCCUGGCAAGUGACAGGUACAAGAAGUGGAGCCUGCUGAAGCUGGAUGGGAACUGGAGGCGAGGAGCCACUGCAGGGGGUUGCAGGAAUUACCCAAACACUUUCUGGACAAAUCCACAGUAUUUAAUCAAGCUGGAGGAAGAAGAUGAGGAUCCUGAUGAUCCUGAGGGGGGCUGCACUUUCCUCAUUGGGCUGAUUCAGAAGCACCGGCGGAAGCAGAGGAAGAUGGGAGAGGACAUGCACACCAUUGGCUUUGCAAUUUAUGAGGUGCCCCCAGAGUUUUCUGGCCAGACGAAUAUUCAUCUGAGCAAAAACUUUUUCCUGACCAACAAAGCAAGAGAAAAAUCAAACACUUUUAUCAACCUCCGGGAAGUGCUGAACCGGUUCAAGCUCCCUGCAGGAGAAUAUAUCGUUGUGCCCUCCACCUUUGAACCCAACAAGAAUGGGGAUUUCUGUCUGCGGGUCUUCUCUGAAAAAAACGCGAACUCCACGGUGAUAGACGAUGAAAUUGAGGCCAAUUUUGAAGAGACCGAGAUCAGUGAAGAUGACAUCGAACCCAACUUUAAAAGGCUUUUUGGACAGCUAGCAGGAAGUGAUGCAGAGAUCUCAGCCUUUGAACUGCGCAGCAUCUUGAAUAAAAUCAUGGCUAAACGCCAAGAUAUUAAAUCAGAUGGCUUUAGUGUUGAGACAUGCAAAAUAAUGGUUGACCUGUUAGAUGUAUCCUUUAAGGCCGUUCCUAGGUGA